GUGAAAGAGUGAUAUACAAUUAUUCUUAGAAUAUUUUACUGGAAAAUUAAUUUAAAUGAUUGCGUGAGUGAAAACCAAUUCAGCGUGUUUCAAGUUCAAUAUUAAUGCCCACCUGUGUUUACUGAUAAACAUGUCGGACGCAUCCAAAGAUGAAGAAGACGGCGCGUCACAGAACGACAACCUAAAUAUAUCGCUACCUACAGUUUUAUGCACCGAUACCUCCGACCCAGAGCCUUCGCAAGCAAAUAUUAUAUUAUCUUCAGAAUCUAAAUUAUCCCUACCGUCAGCCUUAGGAACACCUACUUCACCUCUAGUGGUUAAUAGUCCAUUGUCUUUGCCCAACUCUCCGACUCCCUUUGUGAAGUCGCUACAAACAUGUUCCAAUAAAUCCUUAGACGAACCUCAGAUUGGAUCAAAGCAAAAGCAACAGAACAAUACAAUGAGCAAUUCUGUAAAUAACUCUGGAUCAGCGACGGGCAACCCUCGGAACAAAUGUGCUCUUCAGCCUGGCCACAGUCUUAUGGACUGGAUACGAUUAGGGAAUUCCGGAAAAGAUCUCACAGGCGUCGGUGGGCGGAUGCGACCUGUUUCGCCUUCAGAACUUGCUUUACAUAAAACACAAAAUGAUGCAUGGCUAGCGAUUCGUGGACGAGUAUAUAACAUUACACAUUAUUUACCAUAUCAUCCGGGAGGUCCCGAAGAAUUAAUGCGUGGUGCUGGAAUGGAUGCUACAGAACUCUUUGACAAAGUACACCCCUGGGUGAACUAUGAUUCCUUAUUAGCCAAAUGUCUGGUAGGUCCACUUUCGUUUGAUCGACCAGACGCUGAAGAACUAUUCAAUUCUUCGAUAUCAAGUACAAAAUCAGACAAACUAAAAGAGCCAUCGAAAGCGCAGGAACUCGUCCGGAAAUCAAUGGAGAACUUAGCCAAUUGCAUAACGCCCGUUAGGAAAAAGAUCACGGCUAAAAGCGAGGAAAAUGUCAAAGGUAGUCCCCCGAGUAAGAUUAUGCAGAGCUUAAUUCAGUCGAGCGAUUUACCUGUAUCGAUCAGCCGAAGGGCAGCGUCGAGUCCUGCUAAGACGAUAAACAAAUUGAAAGACUCGCCGGCCUCAUUGCGAUUCGAUUGGAUACAAACAUCAGCAAAGCUUAUUAUUUCCAUUUACACUGGACCUUUAGCUAACCCCGGUGGGUGUGCGAAGUUGAUAGAAGGAUCCUUAUUGAUCGAGGUUGCAACCGACAGCUGGCUCAGAACAAUUAGACUAAUACCAGAAGGGAACUUAGUGGAACCGUUGCAAUUAAGGGUAUUUUCUGAAAGCGGUAAAAUUGAAGUAGUGGCCAUGAAAGCCGAAAAUAAAGUGUGGAAGGGAUGUGGUGAAACGAUUUUCGGGGAGGCUAUUCAAAUAACGACUCCGAGGAAAAUGGAGUGCCGUGUAAUGGACGUCAGUAAAGUGUCCCAUGACACCAGUCUUAUUACAUUGGCUCCGAUAGCAGGACCGGCUCUAGUCCCUUUGGGCCACCACGUUCGAGUUCAUCAUACUACAGAUUCUGAAUGUAUCCGGUCUUACACACCGAUUGGAGACGGUUGGGACAGUCAGAGCAAUGAAUUCAGUGCUCUAAAAUUAACGAUUAAGCGCUACGAACUUGGAGCGCUAUCUCCGCACCUAACAUCCUUGAAACUUGGUGAUUUAAUUACGAUAUCGGGGCCUUAUGGGAAUUUUCAAUUGCUACCGUUGAAAGCAGUGAAGACUUUAUACCUUAUAGCAGCUGGUACGGGAAUAACACCAAUGUUAGGCUUGCUGAGGUUUAUGUUGGGUAGAUCUAAUCCUAAAUGCGAACGAUUACAUUUAGUAUUCUUCAACAAAACAGAAGAGGAUAUACUUUUCAAAGAUAAAUUUGAUGAAAUUUCUCGACAAGACGACAGAUUAAACGUAUUACAUGUCCUGUCAAACGAACCAGCUUGGACCGGCCUGAAAGGAAGAAUAAGCCUCGACAUACUCUCUCAAGUGGUUAAAAAAGAAUCUAUCAAUUCCUCGGAAGAGAACACCCAUUUCGCAUGUCUCUGUGGACCUACGGAGUUUACACACACCGGCAUGGACUUAUUAAAGAAAAUCGGCAUGAAAGAAAGCCAUAUACAUGCGUUUAUCGGAUAAUAUAUAGAGCUAAUUAAACUUAAUUAUUAUAAUAAUGUGAUGUGCAAUGUAUUUUUAAAUAGUUUUUACAUGUCCUGCACUUAUAAAGUAUAUUUCUAUAAAUAUGAAGGUUAUGGUAUUUAAAAGACAAAAUAGGUUAUUUAAGUCGGAAUAUUAAUUACCUAUUUAGUAACUAUUAAAUAAAAAUAAUAAUUUAGUAUUGUUAAGAUUAUGCAAAAAGCACUAAGCACGUCCGGUGAGUGAGACAUAAUGUAAGUAAACUUUGAAUAGUACGCGGCAAUUACCUUUACCUACUAUUUCAUUAAAAUCCGAAAUGCUGUAAAAAAUAAUUUAUCCAAAUACUAACCUAUUGAAUAUACGUACAUAGGAUAAGUUUUAGGUAUGUUCCUUUAGGCCUCGGAUACACAAUGAAGCUAUGGUAUAUUUACCUACAUUAUUUACUUAAUGAUUCCAUACCAAUAAAUAAGUGAAAAUCGAAGUUUUAUUUGGAGUAUUGCUCGCUCAGUGUGUAUUACAGGCCUUCAUAUAAUCCAUCCAUAAAAAAAUUAAAAUACCUUUGCAUUUGAAUUACUUACUACUUACAAAAAAUCCUACUUAUUUUAUAUUACGACAGAAAAUAAUAAAUAGCUGUUUAAUUUUCUAUUUUCGCUCAAAUAAAUAGUCAUUGUUAUAUAAAAUGGAUCAAAAAAAUUAUUUCGGAUUAGUUUUUAAAUUAUAAAAUUGUAAAUAAAUCUUCUAAUAAACGAUAGUCAAACUUUAAAGUUACCUACCUACCUAUAGAAAACAAUUUAUAUUUUCUAACCUUUAAAAUUAAAUUUUGGGACAGUUUCUAAUAUAGAUUUAAUAUACUUAGUUUUAGUAACAAAUUUUAUUUUAUACUUAGGUGAUUUGGUUUGUUGUAAAAAUUUAAAGUGCCUACAUUCCAAGUAAUAUUUGUUUUAAGUGUACAUUGUAUUUUUUGGUAUGCAGUUGGUUUAUAGAUAAAAUGAAAAUACUGACAGA